AUGCCUCCUCAUUUACCGCGCAAGCGGCUGCGCACCCCAUCACCCGAAAAUGGUGGCCGUGUUACCAAGAAGACGACCAAAGGGAAGGGGAAAUCAACUCUGGUAGCCACCGUACCACCGCGUAAACCCACUCUAUUCGACGUGUUAGAUGCCGAUACGACGAAGGGAUCAGCCGAGAAGACCAGAUCAGUUCUUCAGCAAAUGCAAGAAGAUGAUGACGACAGUGAAAGCUCACUCAGCUCAUUAUCAGAUGCUGAGUUUGAAGAUGUGCCACCACCUAAGCGACAGAAGGUGAACGGCGAAUCCGAAGGCUCUGAUGACGAUGAUGACAUGGAGUUUGAGGAUGUUCCAGCUCAUGAGCAGCGACAAGAACAGGAGCCUGUUCUUGGCGAUCUCGAGUUGACCUUGUACCGAGAUACUGGCCCUUCCCUGGCUAGCGAGCUCAAGAAAGGUGCAUCAAAGAAAGAAAAGGCAAUUCGAAUUUCGACCCAUUGCACCCACGUCCAGUUUCUACUGUGGCACAACGCGAUUCGAAACUCAUGGCUGUGCGACGAAGAAGUGCAGGCAAUCAUGAUCUCGCAUCUUCCGCCGAGGCUAUGGGAUGAAGUUGAUCGUUGGCGACGGAGCAGUGGCUUGGAAACUCCGGAGGAACCUCUCAAGAAAGAUGUCAAGGGGAAGAGGAAUGCCAAAGGCAAAGGCAAAGGAGAGCAGACAACCUCCAAACCGGCAAGGGACUGGGGCGAAGCAGCAGACCAGCUAGAAAAGGGGGUGCCUGAUAUGAGCCACAGUGACCCGCUAUUACGACUGGUGAAAGGUCUUCUGUCAUGGUGGAAACAGAGGUUUCGAAUCACGGCCCCGGGCCUACGCAAAUGGGGUUACAUGAACGCGCGACGACUGGGCAAACUGAGAGAGGCCUUUGAGACAGAAGAACACGACUCGGAACGGUUUGGCGAACGAGUCAAAAACAUCGAGGAGUUCCGACUGCUAGCCCAGGAUUGUAUCGGAAGUCGAGAUGUGGGGUCGCAACUCUUCACAGCACUCCUGCGAGGCCUCGGAUUAGAGGCACGGAUGGUCGCGAACAUCCAAUCACUCGGUUACGGUUGGAGCAAGAUAGAAGAGGCCGACGAGGAAAAGCCCAAGAAGAAUGGGCAAACGAAUGGUGACAAACCUAGCGAGCCCACGCCGAAGGCCAAGGCAGCGAGCAAGAAGCCGGCCCCCGUACGACCAGCGAGCCGUCGGACGAGAAAGAGUGACAAGGAUGCCCUGAAGAUGGAACUCGACGAGUCAGACGAGUAUUUGGAGCCGGUGAUUGAUGAAGACGAAGACGGCUCAUCUGUGGUGGACGUCACCGAAGACAUGCGUCCGAAACGGCUAGAAGCAAAACCCUACGACAAAGACCUCGAAUUCCCUCACUAUUGGACCGAAGUCCUGUCACCAGUGACGAAUAAAUACCUUCCGGUCGACCCCGUCGUCAAGGCUGUCGUUGGUAGUAGCAGGGAGCUCGUCGAAUCGCUCGAGCCUCGGGGUGGCAAAGCCGACAAAGCGAAGCAAAUUAUGGCCUACUGUGUCGGCUUCUCCCAGGAUGGUACAGCAAAGGAUGUGACCGUACGGUAUCUCAAGAAGCAACUAUUCCCAGGCAAAACGAAAGGAGUACGCAUGCCCGAAGAGAAGAUACCCGUGUACAACAAGCAUGGCAAGGUCAGGCGGCAUGAUCACUUUGACUGGUUCAAAUCAGUCAUGCGAGGGUAUGCGAGGGGUGACAUGAAACAUCCCAUCACCGAGAUUGAUGAAGCAGAACAGUCGACGGACCUCAAGCCAGCGAUACCGGAAAAGAAGGUGGUCAAGGAAGGAGAAGAGACACUUCAGUACUACAAGACUUCGAAAGAGUAUGUCCUGGAGCGUCAUCUCAAGCGGGAAGAAGCGCUGCUCCCCGAUGCUGCUCCCGUCAAAACAUUCAACAACAAAGGCAAGGGAGGCAAGGUGGACGAAGCGGAUGUAUACCUGCGGAAAGAUGUCGUGGCAGUGAAGAGUGCGGAGACUUGGCACAAACAGGGUCGGGCCCCCGUGGACGGGGCCCAGCCUCUCAAGCAUGCCCCCUACCGAGCGGCUACAACUAAUCGGCGGCGAGAGAUUGCUGAAGCCGAAGCGGCUACUGGCAAGAAGGUCUUGCAGCCUCUGUACAGCCAAGACCAGACGGAUUGGAUCAUCCCUGAUCCCAUUCAGGACGGUAUCAUUCCGAAGAACGAAUAUGGCAAUAUCGACAUGUUCGCGGAGCAUAUGUGUCCUGAAGGGGCUGUCCAUGUACCAUUCCGAGGUGGCGUUCGUGUGUGCAAGCGACUCCAGAUCGACUACGCCGAAGCAGUCGUCGGGUUCGAAUUUGGGCACCGAAUGGCCGUCCCCGUCAUCCAAGGUGUUGUCAUCGCCGAAGAGAACUACGAGUGCAUGGUGGAGGAGCUAGAGAAAGACGAAGCCGAGCGGGCUAGGAAGGAAGACGAGAAGCGUCGCAAAGCCACGUUGGGCAUGUGGAGAAAGCUACUAAUGGGACUACGGAUCGCGGACAGGAUACGACAGGACUACGGUCAUCUAGAUGAGUCGGUGGAGGUCUUCGGCCAUGCUCGUGGGGAUAAUAGGGAUGUUACGGAUAUGCGUGAGAAGGACGAGGAUAUGGCUGGUGGCUUCUUGCCCGAGGGGUAUGAGGAGGAGGAGGAGGAGGAGGAGGUACAGAAGGAACCCCGCCAUACCUCGAACUUCUUCCCGGCCGCUCAGAACGACGACGACGAUGAUGAGGACGAGGACCCUUUUCAAGUCGA